AUGAAAUUUUUAAUUUCAUAUUUUGCAGUUGGAUUUGUAGCAUUCUUCGGAUCUGUAUGUUUAUCCUUAAGAUGUUAUCAAGGAGUAAUGAAUAAUACAAUUAAAAUUUCUGGAUCUGCCACAGAAUGCCUUGGUACAGCUUAUUCAUGUUUAAAAUCUGUUGACCUGACUUCUAAGAUUGCUACAAGAAAUUGCCAAUAUACUAAUUGUACUGAAAAUGGUUAUCAAACAUUUACUCCAAAAUGUACAUCAAAUGGACUUCAAGAGAUAUGUUGCUGUUAUGGGGAUGGUUGUAAUCCAUCUUCAAAAACAAUUUUCAGUAUGUUCACAAUUAUCCUAUCAUUAGUUUUAAUGAUAUCUUUCUUCAACUUAAUAUGA